UAGUCAUGAUUCAUAUUUUAGCGAGUUUUAGAAAUUUGUUGUGCUUUGGUCUGCUAUUUAUUUUAGUUAUUAUAAGUAACAAGAGCUUAGUAGCUCAAUCCUGAUCUUCCGAAAUCUGCCAUGCAUACUUUACUCUGUGUAAGUCCUAUCUUGAACGCGUGAGAUGGUGUAAGACAGUGUCCCGUAAGAACCCCCCAACUUGUAUUUUGCAAUCCGGCCAUAGAAAAGUUGGUUCAUGACUGUCUUGACCGUUAUUCACUUCAAACACAGUCAAGGGCGUCAAAGAUCAGACUAGUCAAAUACAAGCAAAAAUCACAACAUUAAACUAAGUACGCAUAAGCAGAAUUUCGCAGUUAAUAGCACAAUAAAAAUAAAUCAAAGAUAUUACGUUUGAAGAAAAUAAAUUUUGAACAAAAAUAAAUAAGUUUUGCAAAACCAAAAUAGACAGUGAGGCGUAAAAGUAACAGAAUAUGGGCGUAACAUUGGAAGUGAAAAAUGGCAAAGACACCAACGAAUUGGGUGCAGAUGUUGAGGGAACAGGUGUUAGCAAGACUCACCGCACAAGCAACUUAGAAACGGCUACUCAUCUCUUCAAAGGUAAUGUGGGCGCUGGCCUUUUCGCCAUGGGCGAUUGCUUCAAGAAUGGUGGUCUAGUCGGCGCUACAGUGCUUCUGCCUAUUCUAGCGGUUAUUUGUGUGCAUUGCGAACGCUUGUUGAUCGAUGGCUCGAUUCUGGCGGUGGAGAAGGCGCCAGGCGUCGAAUUCUUCGAUUAUCCAGAUACAGUGGAAAAAGUGUUUGAAUGUGGACCACCACCCAUGCGAAAAUUGUCUAAACUGAUGAGAACAAUUGUGGAGACUUUCUUGUGUGUGACACAAUUUGGUUUCUGUUCGAUAUAUUUCGUUUUCAUUACGGAAAAUUUGCAUCAGGUUCUUAUUCAAAAUGGCGUUGACAUCAGUGCGACUACUACAAUGGCCAUCACCCUACUGCCUGCAAUGAUACCAUCUCUGCUCACCAAUAUCAAAUAUAUUUCACCAGUUUCGAUGUUGGCCAAUUUUGCGUUACUCUUCGGCCUCUUUGCCACGCUCGGGAUAGCGCUGAAAGAUCCAUUACCCUCACCAAGUGAACGCCAUCUAAUAACUAGCCCCUCUCAAAUGGCACUAUUCUUCGGCACUGCGCUAUUCUCAUACGAAGGAAUUGCUCUGAUUUUGCCUUUACGCAACAAAAUGCGAAAUCCAGAAAAUUUCACGAGAGUCUUUGGUGUGCUAAAUAUAACUAUGGUAAUAGUUACGGCACUCUUCAUUUUCACCGGCUCCAUUGGAUAUCUGCGCUGGGGCGAAGAGGUUGAGGGCAGCAUUACUUUGAAUUUGAAUCCAAAUGAAAUAUUGUCGCAGGUCGUUAAAAUCGUGGCCGCAAUGGGCGUAUUUUUCGGUUACCCUAUACAAUUCUUCAUUCUAAUCAAGAUCAUCUGGGCUCCUACGAAGCAGUCGUGCGGCGCUGCACAAAAGUAUCCAAUUACAUUUCAAGUAUUGCUGCGUUUCUUUAUGGUUUUGUGCACAUUUGGCGUUGCUGUCGUUGUCCCAAAACUUGGACUCUUCAUUUCGCUUAUCGGCGCACUCUGCUCCACGUCAUUGGCCCUAUUAAUACCGGUAAUUCUCGAUUUUGUAAUCCGUGCUGGAGUGCCCAAAGCCCUGACCACUUGGGUUUACCUGAAAAACAUGGCGAUUAUAUUGGUUUCUCUAUUAGGUAUUGCCACUGGCACUUAUCAGAGUAUUGUGGAGAUAAUUAAAGAAUUUUAUGAUUAAAUAUUUAGUAUAGGAGCGCUGAGAUAGCAGAGUACUUGAACAUCCAUUGAUAAUAAGUUUGUUUGUAUGUAAAUAUAUAUAUAUUCAUGUAAGAAAUGUUAGUAGUAGCUUUAUGUAAGUGCGUGUGCAAUGAAGUAGAUUGAUAAGUAUACAAUAUUGUUAAAACAUAUUUUUUGUAAAUAUUACAUUGUGCUCGUAAAUGGGUAAUAAGA